AAAGUCAUUAGUCGGCCAUAACGUAUAGGAGAAAGUGUCCCCCUGUCUCCGCCCCACGCGCUAGCAGCCAUACAACUGAUAAUACAAGGUGGAGGACAAGAGAGUUUUCAAGUCCCAUCACAGUACUUGACCAAGCUGUUGCCAGACUGUUCUCAAAGAAGAAACGCCGUAGCCUGAAACCAGAGCCAUCUCUAUAUAAGCAACUCAAGUCGUACAAGACUUUUCUCCGGUAGAGAAUAGCAAGCUUGUGUUGCUGAGUUGAGACACGCAUCACAAUGGGGAGCAACGACGGCUGGAAGCAGACGCUGGUGGUGCCGGAGAUCAAGCACACCAAGCUCUUCAUCAACGGCGAGUUCGUCGAUGCUGCCUCCGGCAAGACGUUCGAGACGAGGGACCCACGGACAGGCGAGGUGAUGGCCCACAUCGCAGAGGCGGACAAAGCCGACGUGGACCUCGCCGUCAACGCCGCCAGGGAGGCCUUCGAGCAUGGCAAGUGGCCCCGCAUGUCAGGCUACGAGAGGGGCAGGGCCAUGCACAAGCUGGCUGACCUGAUGGAGCAGCACAUCGAGGAGCUGGCGGCGCUGGACGGCGCCGACGCCGGCAAGCUGCUGCUGGUGGGCAAGAUCAUCGACAUCCCCGCGGCGGUGCAUAUGCUGCGCUACUACGCCGGCGCCGCCGACAAGAUCCACGGCGAGUCGCUGCGCGUGACCGGCAAGUACCAGGGGUACACCCUCAAGGAGCCCAUCGGGGUCGCCGGCAUCAUCAUCCCGUGGAACUUCCCCAGCCUCAUGUUCUUCCUCAAGAUCAGCCCGGCGCUCGCCGCCGGAUGCACCGUCGUCGUCAAGCCCGCCGAGCAGACGCCCCUCUCCGCCCUCUACUAUGCGCACCUUUCAAAGCUGGCUGGCAUUCCGGACGGAGUGCUCAAUGUCGUCCCUGGCUUCGGCCCGACGGCCGGCGCCGCCAUCGCCUCCCACAUGGACGUUGACAGCGUUGCCUUCACUGGUUCUGGUGAAGUAGGCCGCCUCAUCAUGGAGGCAUCUGCCCGGAGCAACCUCAAGACGGUAUCGCUGGAGCUCGGCGGCAAGUCGCCUCUGAUAAUCUUCGAUGACGCCGACGUCGACAUGGCGGUCGAGCUCUCAAGGCUUGCCAUAUUCUUCAACAAGGGAGAGGUUUGCGUUGCGGGGUCUCGUGUUUAUGUUCAGGAAGGGAUAUACGACGAGUUCGUGAAGAAGGCUGUGGUGGCUGCCCAGAACUGGAAAGUCGGAGAUCCGUUCGAUGUGGCCACCAACAUGGGUCCCCAGGUUGACAAGGAGCAAUUUGAGAGGGUCCUAAGGUACAUUGAGCACGGCAAGAGCGAGGGAGCGACUCUCCUCACCGGCGGCAAACCUGCCGGCGACAAAGGAUACUACAUUGAGCCUACCAUAUUUGCAGACGUCAAGGAGGACAUGAAGAUCGCUCAAGACGAGAUCUUCGGCCCCGUGAUGUCCCUCAUGAAGUUCAAGACGGUCGAUGAGGCGAUAGAGAAGGCCAACUGCACCAAGUACGGGCUGGCCGCCGGGAUCAUCACCAAGAACUUGGACAUCGCCAACAAGGUGUCAAGGUCGGUUCGCGCGGGGACAGUGUGGGUGAACUGCUACUUCGCCUUCGACCCCGAGGCGCCCUUCGGCGGGUACAAGAUGAGCGGCUUCGGCCGGGACCAGGGCAUGAUGGCCAUCGACAAGUACAUGCAGGUCAAGAGCGUGAUCACCGCAGUCCCUGACUCGCCUUGGUAUUAGAGAUGGCCAAGACAAUGCAAGUUUCAUUAUUUUGUGCAUUGUACAUGCUUGUUCAGUUCAGUUGGCCGGUGCUUGUGUAACAGUCCUUAAUUUGUUUGUGCCUGAUGCGAUGAAUGAAUUGUAAAAAAACCGCCACAUUUUAAGUUCAAGUCCAGGUUUGCGACCACAUUCCUAGGCCACAACAAAAAAACUAUGGGGUUUCUUA